CUUUGGACCUUACAAGGGUUGUCCACUACUAUAUAAGCGAAAGUACACCCUCUCUCGUUUUAAACGAUUUUGACGGUUCAUGCUACAAAGAUAUUUUCGAAAAACCGAUUGUAUAUGUUCGUUAAAAACCGAUUUUCUUUCAAACAGUUAUCUUUCGAAAAUCUUCCUAAAAACGUGUACGCUUCCAAACUAGAGACAGUGUGUUGUGAUAUCAGUGACCAGUGUAUAACCUUGGAUUAAUCAUUAGGUAAGAGACAUUAGUCGUUUACCACGAUAGUUACUCGAUAAACAUAAAAGAAUUUCAAACUUGCGUAAUUAAUGGACGCUAAUGUCUAUUCGAUUACCUACAGUAAAACGAUUUCUGUGUAAUUUUCAUUAAAUGAUACGACAUCAAACACGAUAGAACUCAGUGUUAUUUGUUUAAUAACUAAUUAUAUUGGAAAAUGGAAUCUUUCUCCAUGCCGUCAAUGAACAACAUAAAAACGGAAUUUAAUUCUCAAGAAUUGAAUACUGAAGCAUUUUUCGCCGAUGCAAUUCUGGAUCUUUCUUUCAAGAAACGAAGAACUUCGACUUCCAGCCAACCAAAUUCAUUAGAUUCAUAUUUAAAUUCAUCCACGAGUAGUACGAAACAUGAUCAAACUAAUCAUGUUUCAGAAUCCGAAACCGAAAGAAAUAGUCCUUUCGAAGUUCGAACAUUCAUGAUAACACCACCUUCAGAAUCUAAUUCUCCGAUAAAAAUCAAAUAUGAACCAUUUUACGAUCAUACAGAUAUGUCAGAGAAUAAUAUCAAAAGUCAACACAGUGAUUUCUCCAAUUUGCCAAUGAAUAUUCCAAUUCCAACUAUGUUAUCGACAUUUCUUAAUCAAAACGGUGGCACAGUUAAAUCGUCAGACACAAUUAAUAUUCCUGCUUCAUCGUUAACAACUUCGAUGACUUGUUCCAAUGAAAUUGGAUUAUCGAAUACAUCUACAGAUAAAGAAAGCAAAAAAGCAGCAAGACCAUUUAAAGCUUAUCCAAAAGAUCCGUUGUCACUCACUGUAGGAGCAGUCGAAAUGAUAUAUGAUCAAAAUUCUAAUGAGGCUUAUUCCGAAUUUCGGAAACGAAUGUUAGAAUCGGUUAAAAAAUCAAACGAAGGAACUAAUGUGAAAAUGCGAAGAGUUACAAAAAGUCCUGGAUUACCAACGAGUACGGUUGAUGAAAAAGAUGCAGCUUACUGGGAAAGAAGAAGAAGAAAUAACGAGGCAGCGAAACGCUCCAGGGACGCUCGAAGAGCAAAAGAAGACGAAAUUGCUAUCAGAGCAGCUUUCUUAGAACAAGAAAAUAUUAAACUUAAAUAUGAACUUGUUGCUCUUAGGAACGAAACAGCUAAACUUAGAUGUAUGGUUUAUUCAACGUAAGUUUAAGAUAUACUUUAUAUAAAUUUAAUUAUAUAGUUAAUUAAUUUUUUAUUAGUAUUUAAGACUUAAGUUCUU